CCUUUGGUGUAUAUACCUCAAGUGGGCAUGCAAAGGAAAACCUGACCCAAAGAUGAAAAUUUAAAUUAUAAAUAAAAUAUGUUGACUGCGUUGCGACGAAAAUUUCGCUUAGGAAUGCAGCGUACGGUUCUGAUUGCAGUGCUGCUGGCGGUUGGCCUUUUCAGCUAUGCGUUCCUAAAUCUAUCCUUCUGCUUCAAGCUUAUGUCGCACAGAAGUCUCACGCACAUGUGCCAAAAGUAUGAACACCAUGAGUUUAGUGGAUCCCUUUGCGAGGAACUGUGCAGCAGCCAGUCGAACUUUGACAACUUCCAGUGCCCGUUGAAUGAUAUGAAAACGAUAUUGUUUACGGCCGAAAAGAAUGGCGAUAUGCUCGCCGUGAAGCUGGCCAAGCACAACGAUGACGACUUGAGCUGGACGAACAGCAAGGGCGAGGCUAUUUAUCCCAAGAUCGAGGAGUUCCAUGAAAUUGUCAAGUUGCACAUCAUACUGGCCUACAAUGUAACAUUGGACGAUAAUAUGAUACGCGCCUUGGUCAAUCAGGAGAUUGCGGAUAAUAACUCACAGCAAAUGGUUAGUUUUUGGAGAUUGUUCAAGGACAACAACUAUAUGAUGGGCAAGCUGUUCGAUGAGGAAUCAGUGUUUCCAGCGGUCCUAGGCUCCUGCGGUCCGUACUAUGCCACGGAGGGAUUAGAAAUUGUGCAGUCCAAUCCCAGCAUCAUUCAGUUUCUCGCCUCGAAUCGACAGCAGCGGCUGAAGCAUGCGCUCAACAUCAUGGAGUACAUAUUUCGCUUGGAGGAGAUGAAGCCGGAGCCGUUGCGCAUGUGUAAGAUGCAAGUGAAUCGCUUUGGACUCACGCCCGACAGACGUCUCAAGUAUCAAAGCGCGGAACAUAUCUAUGUCGAGAGCUACCUGGACAAGCGCAUAUCCAACGGGGUCAAGUGUCACGUCAAUCAGGACUGCAACUUCCAUUCCUGUCGAGGACUGUGCGAUGCAGACCGUCAGGCCUGCACACAUGUGCAGCAGAACAAUAACUUUCAGAUAUUUUGUGAACAUGUCCUUUUAGGCAGUGGUACAUUUCAGCCGGGUCUCCUAAGUGGCAUACGUUUGCCACGGUCGCUGCAGAAGCUGGUGAAGAUGUGCGUACAGCCGCCUAAGGAGCAUCAGGUGCCAGAUCGCCGCCAGGCACCUACUCUGCAGCUGGCUUUGAGGCUUUAUAAUGAGCUGAAGCAGCUGCUUCAGGCGGUGAUAACGGCUUCCGGUGCUGACUCCGAUGUGGAAGUCGAAAGCCCACGGCUUCGGCAGCAAGGAGGCGUUUAGGUGUCCUCGAUGCACAUGUAGUUGAAUUGGGUACUCCUGCUGAUGACUUGCUCACAAAGUGGUAGAAUUUUUACAUAAAUUAGAUUUAAUAAGCAAAUAUAGAAUUAAC